AUGGAUCAGCCGCCGACUCCUUCUAUAAAGGAUAUUGAGAAGCAAAUGGGUCAUGAACAUGAAGAGUCUCCGUCCCAGCAAUCGGCUUUCAAGGGUCUCGGAUGGCUAGACCGGUUCCUAGCUGUCUGGAUCUUCCUUGCCAUGGCCAUCGGCAUCAUUUUGGGCAACUUUGUGGAAAACACAGGGCCAGCUCUUCAAAAAGGAAAGUUCGUGGGGGUUUCUAUCCCAAUCGCCAUCGGUCUCCUCGUCAUGAUGUACCCUAUCCUUUGCAAAGUGCGAUACGAAUCUUUACACCACAUCUUCAAGCAGCGGGCAAUUUGGGUUCAGAUUGCAUUCAGUAUCUUUGUGAACUGGAUCAUUGCUCCUUUCUUGAUGCUGGGACUGGCAUGGGCUUUCCUACCCGAUCAACCAGAACUUCGGGAAGGCUUGAUUCUCGUUGGACUGGCCAGAUGUAUUGCUAUGGUUCUCAUUUGGACUGGCCUCGCCGGCGGUGACAACGAGUACUGCGCUAUUCUCGUCGCCAUCAACUCGAUCCUACAAAUGGUCCUCUUUGCUCCGUUGGCUGUGUUCUUCAUCAAUGUCAUCAGUGACUCGGACGACACGGUCACAUUAUCCUACUCCACCGCCGCCAAAAGCGUGGCAGUGUUCCUGGGCAUCCCCCUGGGUGCGGCAAUUCUCACACGAAUGACUCUUCGGAAGAUUGCUAGCCCCCGGUGGUACGACCAUGUUUUCGUUAGGUAUAUUAGUCCGCUAUCACUUCUCGGGCUGCUCUUCACUAUUCUCGUGCUGUUCGCAUCUCAGGGUCGCCAAGUGGUGCAUCAGAUUGUAUCCGUGAUCCGAGUGGCGGCUCCACUGAUUGUUUAUUUCAUCAUCGUCUUCUUCGUCACUCUCCUGGUGGCUUACAAGCUCGGCUUUGGGUACAAGUUGGCUGCAACGCAGAGUUUCACCGCUGCCAGCAACAACUUCGAGCUGGCAAUUGCUGUCGCUGUCGCAACAUUUGGUGCUGACAGCAAUCAAGCUCUUGCUUCUACUGUGGGCCCGUUGAUCGAGGUUCCGGUACUACUUGGCCUUGUUUAUGUUGCCAGAUUUAUAGGCAAGAGGCUCGGUUGGAAGGAUUGA